AUGCGAAUUGUUCUUAUGACAUCUGAACAUACCCCCAGCUUUUCCCUUGACUUACCAGACAUUUCUGUUUUUAUAAUAGAUGAUUCAACAAGAGUUUCUCUUGGGGAAAACAAGGGCUACAUCAAUGCUAGUUAUAUUAAAAUUGUGAAUUGUGAAGAGGAGUACUUUUAUAUCGCUACCCAAGGACCACUGCUUGAUACCGCAAAUGAUUUUUGGCAAAUGGUUUUGGAAAACAAUGCUGAUGUUAUUGUUAUGAUAACCAAGGAGAGGGAAUCUGGAAUUAUCAAAUGUCACCGAUACUGGCCCAUUUCUAUGGCAACCCCCAUGGAAUUGAAAAACUAUCAUAUCUCCUUGGAGAACUACCAGAUACUUCAAUAUUUCAUCAUUCGAAUACUUAAAGUUGUGAAGAAGUCCACAAGAACUAUAUACUAUGUAAGACAUUUGCAGUUCACCAACUGGCCAGACCAUGGCACUCCUGCCUCAGCAGAUGACUUUAUAAAGUAUGUUCGCUACGUGAGGAAGAACCACGUUUCAGGACCCAUUGUUGUUCACUGCAGUGCUGGUGUGGGCCGGACAGGGGUGUUCAUAUGUGUGGAUGUUGUGCUCUGUGCCAUUGAGAAGAACUAUUCAUUCGAUAUCAGGGAUAUAGUGACCCAAAUGAGAGAACAACGUCCUGGCAUGAUCCAAACGAAGGAGCAGUACUGUUUUUGUUACAAAAUUGUGCUUGAAGUUCUCCGAAAGCUUGAUUCUCAAUUAAGGACGACUUGAAAUUAUCAAACGACUUGAAACUUCCUCAUAUAGAACAUGUGAAAGCUGUGUUGUCUUUCUGAUAACUACCUGAGGCUGCAGCAUCAAUCUGUUUGGAGUGAACAUAUUUAUCCAUUGACCUUACAUAUCUGUUAUCAAAAAACACCUUCUCAUAUUACCCAGUGAAGGAAAAGUUGCAUGAAAACAAUUGCAGCCUAUUUGGUGAAAGGAUUUUAGAGCUCUAAAGAGGACUGAAACUGUACUAGGCAAGAUGAAUGAAAGGAGCUGGGAUUUUCAAAGCCUAAAAACGUUCGUAUUCUGAGAGAGUCUAAGAAGGGAAAACUGCAAGAUCAUAUCACAACUUCUUUACAGUCAUUUUUUUAAGAUAGAUACUUAUCCAUGUUUCCGAGCUAUAGUCAUAUGACGUUUGACCAAUUCAGUUUAGUAAAGAGUCUGAUUAGGAUGGAUGAAUUUUUUUCUGUGCAGAUUGGAUUCCAUUUUCCUCCCCUUCCAUGUUCUCUUGGAGUCCUAGGGACCUCAGUGGAUGAGAUGCCUUUCCAGAGCAGCAAGACAGGAUUUACUAAUCUGGGAAGCAUUUUAUGGGCAGACCAAAUUUCUCCUCUCCAUCACAUGAGUUCACUGGUGAACAGUUCAAAACUAAAAUAGAUGUUUUAUAGAAAGUCCAAGAGGAAAUGAUUGCCCUGCUUGAGUUCUUUCCUAUCCCACCCUAACACUUCACAUAUUACUCAGUCUGCUUUGUUAAAAGCAAAUAUUUUACUUGCCUCUUAUACCUUACAUUUUAACAGGCCAAUAAAAUUUGAUAUAUGCAUUAUUACAUAAUCCUGAGUAUCUCUUAAGUCAGACAUAUAUUUUUAACUAGAAUCUGUGAUAAAUUUUUUUCUUCUUCAGUGCUCCAUUAAAUCAUUUCUUUCCAUUGCUGCCCCACCUCUGCUCUAACAUUUAGAAGUUGCCUU